CCGAUGAGCUCCAGCGUGGCUGCAGCUGCACCUGCAGCUGUGGCUGUCUCCAGGAAGGAGUCUCCAGGCAGGUGGGGCCUGGGGGAGGAUCUGCCAGGCAUGGGCCCCUCGCUCCAGUGCCGCGUGUGUGGAGACAGCAGCAGCGGGAAGCACUAUGGCAUCUACGCCUGCAACGGCUGUAGCGGCUUCUUCAAGAGGAGCGUGAGGCGGAGGCUCACCUACAGGUGCCAGGUGGGUACAGGGAUGUGUCCUGUGGACAAGGCUCACCGGAACCAGUGCCAGGCCUGCCGGCUGAAGAAAUGCUUGCAGGCGGGCAUGAACCAGGACGCCGUCCAGAAUGAGCGCCAGCCCCGAAGCACGGCCCAGGUCCGCCUGGAUAGCCUGCGGACAGACACAGAGUCCCAGCCAGAGCCCCUGGGGGCCACCCCACUGCCAUCAGGGCCCAGCUCCAAGGACUCCAUGCCUGUUUCUGCAGCCAGAGCCCUAGGGCCUGGGGCCCUCACACUGCCAGGGUACCACCACUUCGUGACCAGCCUUAUAAUGGCUGAAACUUGUGCUAAGCUGGAGCCAGGGGAUGCUGAUGAGAAUAUUGAUGUCACCAGCAAUGACCCUGAGUUCCCCUCAACCCCACACUCCUCCUCCUCCUUCCCCUGUGGCCUGGACAGCAUUCACGAGAUGUCAGCUCGCCUGCUCUUCAUGGCUGUCAAGUGGGCCAAGAACCUGCCUGUGUUCUCUGAUCUGCCCUUCCGGGACCAGGUGAUUCUGCUGGAAGAAGCGUGGAGUGAACUCUUCCUCCUCGGAGCCAUACAGUGGUCUCUGCCCCUGGAGAGCUGCCCACUGCUGGCCCCACCCGAGGUCUCUGCUACCAGCGGCUCUCAGGGCCGGCUUGUACUGGCCAGCAUAGAGACACGCACCCUGAAGGAAACCAUCUCACGGUUCCGGGCACUAGCUGUGGACCCUACGGAGUUUGCCUGCAUGAAGGCCCUGGUCCUCUUCAAACCAGAAACGCGGGGCUUGAAGGAUCCUGAGCAUGUGGAGGCCUUGCAGGACCAGUCUCAAGUGAUGCUGAGCCAGCACAGCAAGGCCCACCACCCCAGCCAGCCUGUGAGGUUUGGGAAAUUGCUCCUGCUCCUCCCAUCUUUGAGGUUUAUCACUGCUGAACGCAUUGAGCUCCUCUUUUUCCGCAAAACCAUAGGGAAUACUCCAAUGGAGAAGCUCCUUUGUGAUAUGUUCAAAAACUAA